AUGAAUGAUAGCCAUCCAGACGAACAUCUCAGCAGUGCAGCGUCCAUCUGUUUAUCAGUGUGGUUUUCCUUGUCAAGCUUUGUAGCUGUAACUGGAAACGCAAUCGUAUUGUGGCUGUUCUUCAAAGACGAGUCUUUACGAACAAUUUCCAACAGCUUUUUAGCGUCACUGUCCGUUGCAGACUUUUCGGUCGAGAUUUUUGUAGACCCUGUGUGGCUCGCUACCAGAUGUUUGAUUCGGCCAUCGCUUCACACCUUGUUGAUGGAAGUUAUAGUAGUAUUGUGGAUUCACGCAACCGCCGCCACUACUUUCAACAUUUGCUGUGUUUCAAUCGACCGGUUUAUUGCCAUUCGGUUUCCUUUCCGUUACGUGGACAUUGUGACUAAGAAAAGAUGUUAUGCAGUCAUCAUUUUGGUUUGGUUUAGUUCACUGGGGCUUUCUUUUUCAACAUUAUUUCUGGAUGGUUUAAAAAAAGCGAUGUUUUUAUAUUUAACAUGCAUCAUCUAUGUUGUAUCAUUAUUAGUUGUAUCUUUUUGCUAUGUUAGUAUUUUCAAGGCUGCCAGAAAACAGUUCAAACGAAUAAUCACCCAGGAAAAUCCCCGAAACUGCGACGAAAAUAUUAGAGUUCUUGCUGUGCACAAUUUUAAAGCUAUCAAAACAGUAGGUUUUGUUUUGGGUGCUUGUAUAUUCACGUGGAUGCCCAGUUUAGUUCUAAUGAUAGUUGACUGUUAUUACAUCCUAACCAAAGCCAAUAGUGAAAUGCUUGAAUUGCUUCUUGUUGCAUGGCCCUGGGUUGACGCAAUCGCUUUUACAUCGUCAGCGAUUAACCCACUGAUAUAUUUUUUCCGAAAUGGUGACUUUCGUCGAGCCUGUCGUCGUGCGUUCCGACGGCUCCCCUGUCUUCAUUCGGAUAUUUCACCUGAAAUUGGUUUUACAUCGGAAAGAAACCAAAAUGACCGAAUAACACGAAAUAGUGAGACGAAUGGCAACUUGGCAAGUCAAGAAAAAAAGGAAUGAAGGAAAUUCAAACGGAACAGUGCU